AACGGGGUGGAGGGAAGGAGGGAAAGGGCGUAACCAGGAAGCACUGUGAAAGUGCCUUGCCCUGGAAGAGCAUCGACUUUCGCCUCUCCGCCGAUCAUGGCUGCUAACAACCCGGGCAUCGAGUUAGAUCUUACAUGGCUUGCACGGGUUCGGGUGAAUCACCCAGCUGUUCUAAAGCGGGCAGCGCAGAUUGAAACACAACGGUCCAUGAAAAAGAAUUGGCUGGCAGCUUGGCUUUUGAGAGCCGUCACCUGCAUAGACCUCACCACUCUUUCUGGAGAUGACACCCCGUGCAGUGUUUGCCGAUUGUGCCACAAAGCCAAACGUCCCAUCCGAGAGGAUUUGUUACAAGCCUUGAAAAUGGGCGAUAAAGGCAUCACCACAGCAGCCGUUUGUGUCUAUCCGGCUAGAGUAGCUGAUGCUGUUAAGGCUCUCAAAUCUACUGGCUGCCACAUCCCAGUAGCUUCAGUGGCAGCUGGAUUCCCAGCAGGACAGACACCUUUAAAAACCCGUUUAGAGGAGAUCCAGUUAGCCGUGGAAGAUGGGGCCCAAGAGAUUGAUAUAGUCAUUAAUCGAACCUUUGUACUCACAGGCCAAUGGGAAGGGUCCGAUUUUAUCAAGACAUCUACCGGAAAAGAAGCGGUGAAUGCUACUUUCCCAGUGGGGCUGGUCAUGGUGAGAGCUAUUAGAGACUACUACUGGAAAACUGGCUAUAAGGUUGGAUUCAAGCCUGCAGGAGGCAUUCGCAAAGCCAAAGAGGCCUUGAUCUGGCUUUCCCUGAUGAAGGAGGAAUUGGGAGAGGAAUGGCUGAAACCAGAACUCUUUCGCUUGGGUGCCAGCACUUUGCUGGGAGACAUCGAAAGACAGAUUUAUUAUCACGUGACUGGCAGAUACCCAGCUUCCUAUGACCUGCCCAUGGCUUAGAUCAGUGACGGAUUUAUGCUGUGAAAGAGAGAAAGAAUUAAACCAACAAUGUCCUGGAUUAUUUCCAUCAGCCUUCCCUGAAACCACCUCCUUACUAAGUGCUUUACAAAACGGAUUAAAACUGUGGUGCCUCCAUUUCACAGUUUCAGCGUUCUUAGCAAAGCCCAAGGCCCAGGUGAACCAAUGGAGAAAAUCUGUGAAUGUUGAAAAUUUCUAGUAUUAAUUUUUUUGGUAACUGCACACAUUGACUUCCACCUGAAUUUCAAGAAACAACCCGGAAAUGAUUAUUUUAGGGUGAAUUUUGUACUUGAAAUUAAGCAUUUGUGAAUUGUUAUAUAUAUAUAUAUAAAUAAAGUAUACCAAAAUCUGAUGAUGAGCAGUA